CCUCAUAGGAUCAUGAGAGAUCACCUUGACCUUCUCGUAGUAGUGCUGCUUGUGGCUAGUUCGGUGCUUGGAAUUUCCUCCUGUUCCUUGGAGGGUCAGAUAGCCAUAUACUAUUUCUGCAACCUCACUUCUGUUCCCCAGGUCCUCAAUACAAUGGAACGCCUCCUGCUCAGCUUCAACUAUAUUAAGAAACUCACAACAACGUCCUUCCCCUUCCUGGAGAAACUGUGGUUGCUAGAGAUUGGGGCUCAAUUUACUCCCCUGACUAUUGACAAAGAAGCCUUCAGAAACCUGCCCAAUCUUAGAAUCUUAGACCUGGGCAAGAAUCAAAUAGACUUCUUGCACCCAGAUGCUUUUCAGGGACUAUCUCAUCUGUCUGAACUUAGACUGUUCUACUGCGGACUUUCUGAAGUUGUAUUAAAAGAUGGUUAUUUCAGAAACUUAGUAUCUUUGACCCACCUGGACCUCUCCAGGAAUCAACUUCACAGCCUUGAGCUUCAUCCUUCAUUCAGAGAACUAAAUUCCCUGCAGACCCUUGAUCUUUCCUUCAACAACAUACCCAGUGUGUGUGAGCGGGAUCUCCAGCCCCUCCAGGGGAAGACCAUCUCCUUUUUAAAUCUGGCUGCCAACAGUCUGUACAGAAUGUACAGAGGAGUUUCCAUGAACUGGGAGAAGUGCAUGAACCCAUUUAGAAACAUUGUCUUGAAAACCCUAGAUGUUUCUCAAAAUGGCUGGAGUGUGGACUUAAUCAGAAACUUUAACAAUGCCAUCAAUGGAAGCAAGAUAGCUUCUUUGGUGCUCCAAUACCAUGUUAUGGGUCCUGGGUUUGGCUUCAAUAAUUUAAAAGAUCCUGACUGGGACACAUUUCUUGGCUUGGCCCAUAGCUCCGUGAUACAUUUGGAUCUUUCACAUGGGUACCUCUUUGCCCUCAACUCUCAACUUUUUGCAGUCCUCAAGGAGUUAAAGGUUCUGAAUCUUGCCUCCAACAAGAUAAACAAGAUUGCAGAGAAUGCCUUUCAGGGCCUUGGCAACCUCCAAGUUCUCAACAUGUCAAAUAACCUUCUGGGGGAACUCUAUAAUUUUCAUUUCCAUGGUCUUCCUAAGGUUACUUAUAUUGAUCUGCAAAAGAAUCACAUUGGAAUCAUUCAAGAUCAAACAUUUGCAUUCCUGGAUAAAUUGAGUACCUUGGACCUCCGAGAUAAUGCUCUUAAAACAAUGAACUUUAUGAAAAGCAUAGAUACCAUUUUCUUGGGUGGCAAUAAAUUGGUGGAUUUGCCUGACACCAUCAAAUUUACAGCCAGCUUUAUCCAAUUAUCAGAGAAUAGGCUAGAAGAUUUAGCUAAUCUCUAUUUCCUUCUGCAGAUACCACACCUGCAAGUUCUCAUUCUAAAGCAGAAUCGUCUUUCUUCUUGUAACCAGCACCAUUCCCCUUCUGAGAAUCUCAGCUUGGAAAAGCUUUUUCUUGGAGAAAAUAUGUUGCAGCUUGCUUGGGAUACAGGUUCCUGUUGGGAUGUUUUUCAAGGGCUUUCCCAUCUCCAACUACUGUAUUUGAAUGACAACUACCUGAAUUUCCUUCCCCCAGGGGUAUUUAGUAAAUUGACUGCAUUAAGGGGACUUAGCCUUAGUUCCAACAGGUUGAUGGUUCUUUUUUCUCAAGACUUUCCCCCUAAUUUAGAGAUCUUGGAUGUAUCUAGAAAUCAUCUCCUAUCUCCUGAUCCAGAGGUGUUUGCCACCCUUCAAUUUGUGGACAUAACUCAUAACAAAUUCAGUUGUGAAUGUGAACUUAGCAAUUUCCUCCAUUGGCUCAAUCAUACCAAUGUCUCUAUAUUUGGGUCUCCUGAAGAUAUGUACUGUAUGUUCCCCAAGUCACUCUUAGGGGUUCCCCUCAACUUUAUUUCCACAGAGGACUGUGAUGAAGAGAAAGUCUUAAAGACCCUCAGGUUUUCCCUUUUCGUAUUAUUCUCUGUCACUAUAACUCUCUUUCUCACAAGCAUUCUCAUAGUCACAAAGUUCCGGGGAUUUUGUUUUGUCUGUUCUAAGAGAGUCUGGAGACGGAUAUUUAGGGAGCAGGCCCAGGGAAGAGAAGCAGACCAGUAUAAAUACGAUGCCUAUUUAUGCUUCAGUAGCAAAGACUUUGAAUGGGUACAGAAUGCUUUAAUCAAGCACCUGGAUGCUCAGUAUGACCAUCACAACAGAUUUAAUCUGUGCUUUGAAGAAAGAGACUUUGUCCCUGGGGAAAACCACAUCAUCAACAUCCAGGAUGCUGUAUGGAACAGCAGAAAGGUCAUCUGUAUUGUGAGCAGACACUUCCUUGGGGAUGGGUGGUGCCUAGAAGCCUUCACGCAUGCCCAGAGCAGGUGCUCCUCGCACCUUACCAGCAGCCUCAUCAUGGUGGUGGUGGGGUCCCUGACCCAGUACCAACUGAUGAAGCAUCAGAGAAUUCGAGGAUUUGUACAGACACAACAGUACUUGAAAUGGCCUGAGGAUCUCCAAGAUGUUGACUGGUUUCUUAACAAACUUUCUCAGUGUAUACUACAGAGAGAAAAGGAAAGGAAGAAUGACAAUAACAUUCAGUUGCAAGCUAUAGUCAGCACCAACUAG